AUGAUUUUGCUACCUCUGCUGCUCUUCUUUGCUGCCAUACUGCUUCCAUCUUGUGGUGAUGCACAGAGUGUAUCCUAUGAAUCUAUAUCAACUAAACAUGAAGAAAUCCAACGUGAAAUUGUGGACAAGCACAAUGCCCUUCGAGCACAAGUCUCACCCCCUGCAGCCAACAUGCUAAAGAUGGAAUGGAGCAAAGAAGCACAAAAUUCAGCUGAGUUCUGGGCAAGUAAAUGUACUUUGACACGCAGUAUCGCAUAUUUAAGAAAUAUUGGGAGUACCUGUGGUGAAAAUCUCUUCGUGUCAAGUGUCUCCCUUAGCUGGUCAAAAGCUGUCGAAGCCUGGUAUGAUCAGAAAAAACAUUUUAAAUUUGGUGUAGGAUCAGUAACUUCAAGUGAAGCAGUUCAAUAUUAUACUCAGAAAGACAAAUUGACCGAGGUUUUAUGUGAUGCAUCUGUGCUUCUGGAGGGUAUUUCAUGGUCCAUGGCCAGGUCCAGCACAAUUUGGGAACCGGAACCCAGAACACAUUGA